GCACCUCAGUUGGGCAGGAGCACCGCACUGAGUCACAUCUAAACACACAGACGCGCGCGCGCGCACACACACACACUCACAUACGCUCUCUGCACGCACGCACACAAGACGCAGCCUCCUCCUGCGGUAUCCCGUACGGUGCAGCGGCUUUUCCAGCGGCAUACCAAGUGCGUCCUCGCCGAGAGAUGGGAGGUGCGGCUGCCGCGUCUCAGAGCACUCAGCGCGGCUUAGAAGAGUCCUGCUGAUCCGGGAAUGCUGCUGGGAGUCUGCUGCCUUUUUCUUUCCCACUGCAGGAGUCGUCUUUUAACUGCACACCUGCRAGGGAUUUAAAGUGGACAAGCCGCCUUAUCAGGAUAUAUCACAAUUCUGAACAUUUCUCAUAUUUUUUUGGGAGGAGGGGGGACAGUAAACGGAGUUGCUGUGGACGUGCCUCUUCUCCGCAGUGCCGAUGCGGCUGGGACUGAUAUCUGCAUAGAUUUCAGGAACAUAAUGCCCUCCAACUUGAGAGAAGCCUGAUCCCACGGGCCACCAGUACUGGACUGUGCCUCUGUCCCUCUCCUCACCUGUCAACAUCAGCACAGCCAUGACAUCCCUCACAACGAUAUGGACCUAUUUUUCUGUAUGCUGCUUCCUGUUUAGUUUGGUGCUUCCUGUGACGUCACAAACAGUGGUGCAAGCCCCACAGGUGAUCACAGCAUUACUCCAGGAGGAGGGGUAUGCAUCAUUCCAUGCUGAGAAACCUGAGCGGACAUUUAACCACCUUGCUGUGGACUAUCGCAAUGGCAAUGUUUAUUUGGGAGCUGUCAAUCGCAUUUACAAACUGUCUCCAAACUUGGAAGUCCAAGUAACCCAUGAGACUGGUCCAGAUGAAGACAACCGCAAGUGCUACCCACCACGUAUUGUCCAGCCCUGCAGUGAGCCACUGACACUUACCAACAAUGUCAACAAAAUGCUUUUGAUGGACUAUAGGGAAAACCGKUUGUUGGCUUGUGGCAGCCUCUACCAGGGCAUCUGCAAACUCCUCCGCCUAGAUGACCUCUUUAAACUAGGAGAGCCCUUCCACAAGAAAGAGCACUAUCUCUCUGGUGUAAAUGAGAGUGGCUCUGUUUUUGGUGUAAUUGUUUCUUAUGGUAAUGCCUCUCCAGACAUGCUGUUUGUAGCCACCGCAGUUGACGGCAAACCAGAGUACUUCCCUACUAUCUCUAGUCGGAAGUUGGCCAGAAACUCAGAAGAGGAUGGCAUGUUUGCCUAUGUCUUCCAUGAUGAGUUUGUGGCCUCCAUGAUUAAAAUCCCCUCAGAUACCUUCACUGUCAUUCCUGACUUUGACAUAUACUACAUUUAUGGUUUUGCCAGUGGGAACUUCGUCUACUUUUUGACUUUACAACCUGAAAUGGGAGGUGGGCCAACAACUGGAUCCUCUUCUGCUGGCCGGGAACAGGUUUACACUUCCAAGAUAGUUCGUCUCUGCAAGGCAGACACUGCUUUCAACUCCUAUGUUGAGGUCCCUAUUGGGUGCAUCAGUGGCAACGUGGAGUACCGAUUACUCGAAGCAGCCUACCUGUCAAAAGCUGGUGCUAUCUUAGCACCGUCACUAGAUGUAGCACCGGAAGACGAUGUGCUGUUUGCUGUCUUCUCAAAAGGUCAAAAAAGGCGUCCACGGCAGGCCUCUCAGGACUCUGCUCUGUGUGUUUUCUCUCUUCGAAAGAUCAAUGAGAAAAUCAAGGAUAGGUUGCAGUCCUGCUACAAGGGAGAGGGCACACUGGACCUGGCCUGGCUGAAAGUUAAAGACAUUCCCUGCAGCAGUGCGCUCUUAACCAUUGAUGAUGACUUUUGCGGCCUCGACAUGAACGCACCGCUGGGUGUAUCUGAGAUGGUGCGUGGCAAGCCUCUCUUUUCUGACGCCAUUGACAAAAUGUCUUCUGUCAUUGCCUAUGUCUACAAGAACCACUCGUUGGUCUUCGUGGGGACAAAAAGUGGAAAAGUCAAAAAGAUCCGAGUUGAUGGUUCAUCUCGUGCUCUUCAGUAUGAGACUGUACAAGCUGUGGAGAGUGGACCCAUCCUGAGAGACAUGGCCUUCUCCUCUGAUCACCACUACCUUUACGUCAUGUCUGAGACUCAGCUGUCGAGGGUACCAGUGGAGGCCUGUGGACAGUACACAACCUGCAGUGAAUGUCUUGGAUCAGGAGAUCCCCACUGUGGCUGGUGUGUUCUGCACAAUAUGUGCACCAGAAAGGAGAAAUGUGAGCGCUCGUCAGAACCCCGGCGCUUCGCUUCAGACAUCAAGCAGUGUGUGCGUCUCAGUGUCCACCCCAACAACAUAUCAGUUUCUCAGUUUAGCGUCACGUUGGUGCUUGAAGCUCAUAAUGUCCCAGAACUUUCAGCAGGUGUUAACUGCACCUUUGAGGAUCUGGCUGAGAUGCACGGCCUGGUGGAGGGAAACCGGAUCAAAUGCUCCUCCCCUGCUGAAAAGGAAAUGCCACGAAUUAUUGUGGACAAAGGUGACCACCAAAUUGUGCAGCUUUACCUUAAAUCUAAGGAGACGGGCCUGGCUUUUGCAAAUACCAGUUUUGUUUUCUACAACUGCAGUGUGCAUAAGUCGUGCCUGUCCUGCGUGAGCAGUCCCUACCAGUGCCACUGGUGUAAAUACAGACAUGACUGCACCCACGACCCCCGCACCUGUUCCUUCCAGGAGGGUCGAGUCAAGAAACCUGAGGGCUGUCCUCAGCUGCUGCCUGCAGAAAGAAUCCUGGUGCCAGUCAACGUAGUGAAGCCCAUCACUCUGCGAGCUAAGAACCUCCCCCAGCCCCAGUCUGGACAGAGAGGCUAUGAAUGUCUUCUCACCAUCCAAGGAAAUGAGCACCGAGUACCUGCUCUGCGCUUCAACAGCUCUUCAGUGCAGUGCCAAAACACAUCGUAUUACUACGAUGGGAUGGAGAUGAGCAGUCUUCCAGUCGAGCUCACCGUCAUCUGGAACGGAGAUUUCAGCAUCGAUAACCCCGCCCACAACAAAGUCCAUCUGUAUAAGUGUGACGCCCAGCGCGGAAGCUGUGGUUUGUGUCUGAAAGCAGACCCGCUGUUUGGGUGCGUUUGGUGCAAAGGAGAGAACCGCUGCACCCUCAAGCAACACUGCCCCCUCCCUGAGAACCAGUGGCUAGAGCACAAUGGUUUCAACAGCAAAUGCACCCAUCCUCGGAUCACACAGAUCAACCCUCUCCGUGGYCCCAGGGAGGGCGGCACCCUUGUGACCAUCCGUGGCGUCAACCUGGGACUGGACUUCAGAGAGAUUCAGAGUAACGUCAAGGUGGCUGAAGUGGACUGCACCCCCAUACGUGAGGGCUACAUCCCUGCUGAACAGAUUGUUUGUGAGAUGGGUCGAGCAGAGAUGAGCCAGUACACUGGGAAUGUUCAGGUCUGUGUUGGGGUCGGACCAUGCAGACCUGAAUUCAUGGCAAAAACCACCAAAUACUACUAUUUUGUGAUCCCACGCAUUACGAGCCUCAAGCCGAGCCGAGGGCCAGUCUCAGGGGGAACCAUCGUCAACAUAACAGGCAGUCACUUGGAUGCUGGGAGCAACGUGUCAGUCAKGUUUAAGGACCAGCCGUGCACUUAUUUGAGGAGGGGUGGUCAGUGGCUUACGUGCCGAACCCACGCCUCCCUGCAUGGCUAUGGGAAUGUGUCUGUGUCUGUGAGCAUAGAUAAGGCCCAACUCCAGAAAGACCUGCAGUUUGAAUAUGUGGAGGAUCCCACCAUAACCAAGAUAGAGCCAGAGUGGAGCAUCUACAGUGGACAUACUCCAGUGACAGUAACAGGGACAAACCUGGAUAUAAUUCAGACCCCACUCAUCAGAGCCAAAUACAACAACCAUGAAACACUCAACUUGUGCAAAGUACUGAGCUCCACGUCAAUGCAGUGCCAGGUCCCAGAACUGCCCAUCAGUUUGGGCAGRCAGCAAGAAUCACCUGAGAGACCAGAUGAGUUUGGCUUCAAACUGGAUGAUGUGCAGUCUCUGAUGGCACUGAACACCACCAACUUUAUCUACUACCCCAACCCUGAAUUUGAACCACUCAGUUCCUCCGGAGUUCUGGAGAUUAAACCUGGUUCACCUAUAAUACUGAAAGGCCGAAACUUUCUUCCACCAACCAACAGUGGAAAUGGAAARUUAAACUACACGGUUCUGAUUGGUGACAAAGCCUGCAUGUUAACGGUGUCAGAGACCCAGCUUCUUUGCGAGUCACCAAACCUGACUGGUCGCCACAAGGUCCUGGCCCGUGUUGGUGGUAUUGAAUUUUCUCCAGGAGUUGUCCACAUCACGUCUGACAGCCCACUCAGCAGCACUGCUAUCAUUGGCAUCGCUGCAGCCGGUGCCCUCCUCAUCUUCUUCAUUGUGGUGGUGCUCAUCGCUUACAAACGCAAGUCUCGAGAGAGUGACCUGACUCUGAAGAGGCUGCAGAUGCAGAUGGACAACCUUGAGUCACGUGUGGCACUAGAGUGCAAAGAGGCUUUUGCUGAGCUUCAGACAGACAUUCAUGAGCUGACGAGUGAUCUGGAUGGUGCAGGGAUACCCUUCCUGGAUUACAGGACUUACACCAUGAGGGUCCUCUUUCCAGGCAUUGAGGAACAUCCUGUACUGAGAGAUUUAGAGGUGCCUGGCUACCGCCAGGAGCAAGUCGAAAAGGGGCUGAAGCUCUUUGGCCAGCUCAUUAACAACAAAAUCUUCCUGCUGUGUUUUAUUCGCACUCUGGAGGCUCAGCGUGGUUUCUCCAUGAGGGACCGCGGCAAUGUGGCCUCACUGAUCAUGACUGUGCUGCAGAGCAAGUUGGAGUAUGCCACUGAUGUCCUGAAGCACCUGCUGUCCGACCUUAUAGAUCGCAACCUUGAGAGCAAAAACCAUCCCAAACUGCUGCUUCGCAGGACUGAGUCUGUAGCAGAGAAAAUGCUGACCAACUGGUUUACCUUCCUCCUCUACAAGUUUCUAAAGGAAUGUGCAGGCGAGCCUCUAUUCUCCCUCUUCUGUGCCAUCAAGCAGCAGAUGGAGAAAGGCCCCAUUGACUCUAUCACAGGAGAGGCCCGCUACUCACUCAGUGAAGACAAGCUCAUUCGACAGCAGAUUGACUACAAGACGCUGGUGGUGAACUGUAUACACCCAGAGAAUGAGAAAAGCCCAGAGAUCCAGGUGAAAGUGCUGAACUGCGACACAAUCAGCCAAGUAAAGGAGAAAAUCCUGGAYGCCAUCUACAAGAAUGUCCCCUAUUCACACCGUUUAAAGGCCUCUGAUAUGGACCUGGAGUGGCGUCAGGGUAGAGGACAGCGCAUGAUCCUGCAAGAUGAAGACAUCACCACAAAGAUUGAAGCAGACUGGAAGAGACUGAACAUGUUGGCUCACUAUCAGGUACCUGACAAUGCAGUGAUGGCCCUGGUUCCAAAGCAAGUGACAGCCUAUAACUCAGUAAAUAACUCUACUGUGUCCAGAACUUCUGCAAGCAAAUAUGAGAACAUGAUAAAGUACACUGGAAGCCCAGACAGUAUGCGCUCCCGGACCCCCAUGAUCACUCCGGACCUGGAAAGCGGGGUGAAGGUCUGGCACUUGGUUAAGAACCAUGAGCACGGAGACCAGAAGGAAGGUGAUCGUGGCAGCAAGAUGGUCUCUGAGAUCUACUUGACGAGACUUCUGGCUACCAAGGGAACGUUACAGAAGUUUGUUGAUGAUCUGUUUGAAACCAUCUUCAGUACGGCCCACAGAGGCAGUGCUCUGCCUCUGGCCAUCAAAUACAUGUUUGACUUCCUGGACGAGCAGGCCGACAAACACAACAUCCACGACCCACAUGUGCGACACACAUGGAAGAGCAACUGCCUACCUCUGCGUUUCUGGGUGAAUGUGAUCAAGAACCCCCAGUUUGUAUUUGACAUCCACAAGAGCAGCAUCACUGAUGCCUGUUUGUCUGUGGUGGCCCAGACCUUCAUGGACUCCUGCUCCACCUCAGAACACCGCCUUGGGAAAGAUUCACCAUCUAACAAGCUGCUUUAUGCCAAGGACAUCCCCAGCUACAAAAGCUGGGUGGAGAGGUACUACUCAGAUAUUAACAAGAUGCCAGCAAUCAGUGACCAGGACAUGAAUGCCUACCUGGCAGAACAGUCACGGAUGCACAUGAAUGAGUUUAACAGUAUGAGCUCACUCAGUGAGAUUUACUCCUAUGUGGGAAAGUACACUGAGGAGAUCGUGUGUUCACUGGAGCAAGAUGACACAGCCAGGAAACAGAGGCUGGCCUUCAAGCUGGAGCAGGUGGUGGCCUUCAUGAGUCUGGAGAGCUGAGGACCGCACUUCCCAGGGUGCACUGGGAAGAGACCCCGUCAGAAACCGAGCCGUGCCUGAGCGAAGACCUGUCCCCAUCUUUUUUUCAUCAUGACUUCCGCCUUCCGCUUUUUAGAGCUGACUUCUUCCUCAACUUUUUUUCUGCUUCCUCCUCCCUGAGAGAUAUUUUUGUUUUCCUCAUCCACUCAGCUGCAUAAACUAGUUUACCUGAAUAUAUGUGAGAGGUGGCGAGCAGCUGAGGCCGGUGUCUCUCAGAGAAAUGUGGGACAUCCCUCAGCUUCAGCACAGGGGGAGCUUCAUAGGGUGAUUGCUGGAAAGUUAGCCAUAUUGGCACACUCCCCCUGCUGGAAUACAAGAGGGGAAAAACAUUUUUAUGUUGCCUUUAAGAAUUUACACUGAUAGUAAUUCUUUAAAAACCAUAAUGGGUGUCCAUAUGUUGAACUUUUAAAAAUAGAWUAGUUGAGAUGAAACCAUCUCUAGAGUUCAGUUUAUUGUAGUUCUAUGUUCAACAUAUGGAUACAAGUGGAAACAUCAAAGGUGAUGACUGCAAGCCAAAUGAACACCUCUGGAAAAAAAUAAUGCAAGAAUGGUUUGUCAAGUUUACACUGUACCCUCAAAAAAAGCAUACAUAUCUGUAAAAUCUGGGCCAAGUCCAGGCAAACCUAGAAUGUUUUUGUUUUAUCAAUGUAGCUGGAGUUGUAUUUAAGAAAAAGACUGAUGGGGGAAGGAAAAGAAUAUUGCUCCUCUGAACUUUUYCUUUACUGAAACAUGACAGACACUAAAGCAGAGCAUCCCCAGCCUUUAGCUCAUAGCAACUUUCACACAUUUUUACCUGCCCAGCGUGCUUUCAUUUGGCUUAUAUGGCUUCUGCAAAAUUAAGCUAUUAGGUGAAACCCUAGAACCCCACCCAAGCUGGAUCCUCUGUAAAAAAGCACACAACCAACUCUGGAAGACAGUGUUUUGACUGCCAGUCCAAACAACCACAGCAGUCUCUUCCAACCUUGUGUCGCUACUGCGACGGUCUAUCGAAGCACACACAUGAACAUUUACACAAAUCAGCAGCUGCCCAARAUCCUGACUGCCCAGAUGUGCACACCAACCCAGAAGGAGGUAAAGGGAAGAGCUGACUGAGACACACAGGAUUAGAAACUGUUUUAUCAGUGAAAACAAAUGAUUCAAACAGUGUAGCCAGAGAUGGCUGACUGCUACCUACAGGGGCUCUGUUGUCUGAGUAGCACCUUUUUCCCAGGAUGUUUUUAUUUUAAAGACUUUUGUGUGGGAAAAACUGAAUGACAGCUGGUCAGCCAAAAACCAAAGGAGCUUGAAAUUCUCAAAAUGGUCAAAAUGUAUUUAUAAAGUGCCACUGAGGAACUUACAAAAAAGGACUAUGUACAAGACAACAACUUCUAGUACAAAAAUAUAUAUUGUGACUGAAACUUCAAAAAGCCUGUGUGAUUUUUUUCCUGACCUCAGUGUGUUGAGAUGAGAGGCUUUGYGGACGACGAGAUAUGAUCCUCCUUUCUCUUUCCAUCGUCCUGGCUCCCUCCUUCUCUCGGCACACCAUCCAUCCUUUCGUCUGGCUCCUGACUUAACAGUUUCUUAUCUGUUUUGCACAAACGUUGGAGAUGGUAGCUAAAUGCAUUCGACAAAAACCCCAACUCCUGAGUGUAGAACUGUUGAAGCACUCUUCUGUAUUAGUGUAGUUGUCCUCAGUGGCGGCAGAGGGCAGCCUUCUCCACGCCUCAAAGAAAAGUGAAAAAAAAAUCGGAUCAAGCAGAGCAACAAGUCAGCAUCACAGACAUCAACAGUAGGUAAAACUUGCUGGAUAUAAACCUCCACCAAGGGACAGAGCGACUGAAAGAGAUGAUGGAAGCGCCCUCCGUACCUUUUGACCUCUGCCCUUUCUUUUGCCUUGACAACGUGCCCCAUGUGGUGAUGUGAAUGUGUGAAGACCGCCCUAGGUCCACCUUGGGUCCUUUAUUGGCUUUUUAAGCGCAUGUAAAACGUAAACCAUUUAAGAAACUUAUUUUAAAAAAAUAGUGAAAAAAACAAGAAAAUUAAGCCUUGCAAUGAUGAUGUGGAUGUGUUAUUUAAUCUUUCUUUUGCUUGGAAGAAACAAGAUGGAAAAAGUGGAUUGUUCAUGUAAGAAAAUCUAUAACUUUUGUUGAAGGUGGAACCUUUAUCAUGCUCGGUCCCUGCAGCAAUUUAUGGCCACAGUUUUGUCAAAUGAUAGAUGUUAAAUAAAACAUAAAGCUUUGCAUGUUGACCUAUUUGGAUGGUGUAAAAUGGAACUGCCUUGCUCAACGGUAUUUAUCUAAUUCUAAAACUAUUAGGGAGUUUAAAUUAUCUACCAAGUCCUUCAUUAUAAUGCAUCCUGUUUGGUUUUAGUUUUAGCUAACAGAAUCCAACCAGCCUUUGGGUGUGAAAAUGACCCAUUGUCUUUUUUUUAAGAAAUAUGAUGGGAAACAUUUGUAAGCCCUUAUACAGACAACUUCACUGCAUUUAGACAAACUGAACAUUGUUCAGCUGUUUUGGUUUUAUCCAUGCCAAUGAGCCUAUAUACUGUAUUCUCUGUUAAUCUAAGUGUCGGUCAUUUACAUUAAAAGAAGCAAAAAUCUUUUUUUCACUUAAUUUGAWCAGCCUUGCAGUCUUGACAUUUUAUGGACAAAUGUCCCUCUAAAACAUGACAACAAAUAUUAUACGACAGAAUCUUUUUCAUUGUGUUUUUCAGUGCAAAAGGAGAAACUACAGUAAAUGAAGCAAUGAACCUCCUCUCCUUACAUGAUUUGGGUUUUACUCCUUUAGGAACUUAAAAAUAAACAGAUAAUUUGCCUGUACUGCCAUAAGAUCCACAUUCUACUAACUCUAAAUUUCUUCACUACUAUGACUGCAUUAUGUUCACUUUUUCAUUUUUCUGCAGAGCCAGGACAGAAAAGGAAUGUUUUUUUUUCUUAGAUAAGAUAAGAAAUGUGUCUAUGAAAAAAAGACAUGGCUUCACUACAUAAAAAUAAACCAAAUCAUUUAUCUGCCAUGAACACACAUUCACAAACAGAAGAAAUUACAUCUGUGAUUUACCCAAAUUACAAAGCCAUUAAGUCAAAUUAUUGUCUCAGUUAUUUUCUACAGCUCUACAGAAGGUAUGUUGUCUGCAACUUAGGGGAGUGCAUUUACAAAAUGUUUACUACAAUUCAUUUAAAUACAUAUUUAUAAGACGAUUUGCUUAGAAUACAACUGAUAAACGGUUAUUUUUUUAUUAUUACUAUUUUUUUCAGAAAGACAUCACCAAAAAAACAUACCGCACCUAAAAUGAUGAAGUAGCACAAACAGAGCCCUGGGUUGUCAUUGCCAAUCUGCACAAUAUAAACCCACAGAYAUAAGAGGUCACCUGCUUGUAGUCACCUCAUGUUGUGGGGAGCUCAGAUAAAGUUUCCACCUUCAAAUACUUUGUAGGAAAUAAAAAUGUCCUCCUAGCUCAGUGUUAUUGCAGGUGUUAUACCAACGUGCUAGAAAAGACUUUUACUAGAUCAUAUUUGAAAGAUAAAGAGUAUCUUAUGAAGAAAGAAAAACCUGGGGGAUAUAAGGCAAGCUUCUCUAACUUUGUUAUAAUUAAUUGUAUACCUGUGUAUGUAAAUAUAAUGCAUUCCUAUUUUGCAGUCAAGAAUAAAAUACUAUUUGUAAUAUAGAAUAAACUUUAUUAUAAAACAAAA